AUGCCUUCCCGACCGCUGUCGCUUCUCUCGCUCACUGCUUUUUCCUUGCACACUCUCGCAUUGGCUUGUACUAUACCAAGAUCGAACUCAGUCUCUUUCCAGAGCGACAUAAAAGCAGAGGCAGGUGGAGCACACAAUGUUCACCUCACAUACAACGCCCCACUGAGCGGUGGGCUGUCUCUCCAUUACGGAGGCUGCGACAUUCUCGCCAGCUCAGACUGCCACCACACCCUAGGCCAAACACAUAUCGGGGAUCAUCCCCUGGCCAAGCGGCAUGUCGAUCACCCAGAACAGCGACCAAGACGUUUCGUUUGGCUUCCACCUUCGGACGUGCAAUCUGGAGGCUGUCUCCAUGCCUUCUCCGGCGGAGCACUAGUCGGCAGAUCCAACCCAGUCACUAUCGUCAGACGCAACGAGCGCCGCUGGAUCGCAGCCUCCGAAGUCAUGGACUGGCAAGGUCCGUGGUUUGACGGCGUGGAGUAUCUGAAGGAGAAAGAACCAGAAGAUGUCUUCGUUGCCAAGGCCAAAUCGCAGAAGAUCGGCAUCAUCGGCGGCGGCAUGUCAGGACUCAUGACGAGCCAUCUGCUGACCUCUGUCGGCUUCCACGACUGGACUAUCAUCGAGGCUUCUCACCGCAUUGGUGGUAGGGUACACACUUCGUAUUUGAACGGCACCAAGCCGGAAGAUUACCAGUACCAGGAGAUGGGACCUAUGCGCUUCCCAGUCGAGAUCACGCAAGGCAAUGAGACGAUUCCAAUCAAUGAUCAUCGUAUGGUCUUCCAACUUGCGGAUGAGAUGAACAAGCUCAACGGUAAUGAUUCCGAGUUUGGGGUGAACUUUAUCCCAUGGAUACAGAACUCGCCGAACCUGCCUGCGAGUACAUCUAAGCGUAGACCAGAUGGGACUGUACCGAGUGUGACGGAAGUCAAGAACGAUCCAGCCGAUUAUGCCGUCAACGCCAAUCUGACAUACUCGAACGCAACAGCCGUCGCUCUAGCUACAGAAGGGUACGAAGACUGGAAGAGCUCCGUAAGUGUAAAAGAGACAGCAAUCAACGUCUUCGAAGCGCACAAGAAAGCCAUCGCAGACGGCCUCUUCGACUACUCCGAAGCCGGCUACAUCAACUACGUCCUCGGCUACAGCAAAAACACCACGGACCAAAUCGACUCCUUCCAAGACGUUUCCCCCUCCUGGGACUAUGACACUGGCUACUUCAGCGCCACCAAAUGGCGCACGAUCGACAAAGGUCUGUCCCGGCUCCCAGCGUCCUUCAUCCCGCAUGUCCUAAACCGCACAUAUCUAAAUACCACAGUCCAAGGUCUACACUGGAAUGACAGCAUCAGAAAAAUGAGCGUCCAAUACCGAAACCAAUCCCUCUUCGCUAUAGAGCCCGAAAGCAUGGACUUCGACUACACCAUCGUAGCCGUACCCUUCAGCCGCGUCCGCCUCUGGCGCUUACCAGCCUACACCUCCCUCCUCUCCCGCGCCAUCAGCCAACUGAAUUACGAACAAUCAUGCAAAGUGGCCCUCCACUACCAAACCCGCUUCUGGGAGCACCUACCCAAACCCAUCCUCGGCGGGUGCGGGAGCACAGAUAUCUCAAACAUCGGCUCGAUCUGCUACCCGUCCUACAAACAAAACUCCACCGGCCCCGGCGUCCUCCUAGCCUCCUACUCCUCUGGCGUUUCCGCUCGAAGUCUCGGCUCAAUGACAGAAGCCCAACAUGUAGCCUACGUGCAACGCGCCAUGAUCGAAGUCCACGGCCCCCUGGCAGAAACAGAAUUCACCGGCGCUCACGACCGAAUCUGCUGGGAGGCGAACGAAUUCCAAGCCGGUGCCUGGGCGUCCCCGAUGGUGGGGCAGCAGGAUUUGUAUCUACCUGCUUACUUUCAUACGGAGAAGCAGACGGUUUUUGUUGGGGAGCAUACUAGUUAUACGCAUGCUUGGAUUUGGUCGGCGUUGGAGAGUGCGGUUAGGGGGACUACGCAGAUGUUGCUUGAUAUGGGGUUGGUGGAUGAGGCGAAGGAAAUUACUGGGUUUUGGAUGGCGAGGUGGAUUAGGGUGUAA